AUGCUAGUAACUAUUUUUUUUAAUUCUUUGACUGCUCUAACAUCGUCACAGGGUGGCGGGCCACCUGUAGAGAUACGCAACACACAUCCGAAAUCAGGUCAUGAACUCAAAUGGAACCAAAUGCUCAAUUUUGGAUUACAGUAUCGACAUCUUCCACGUUCCACUCGACUCUGUGUUGCUUUGGUAAAAAUGCGACUGACGGGCAAGCCUGAUAAACGUAAUUGCCGAGCUGAAGAGCGCCUAGCUGGAUGGGCCAAUCUAAACUUGUUCGAUGCACGUGGCUUACUUGUACGUGGUCAACACAUUCUUCGGCUCUGGCCUGGCUCAAUGAUACUUCCCGAUGUUGACGAUCGUUACAACCAUCUCAAUCCGCCGGGCACCACUCAAUUAAAUCCUUCUCUUGAGGCUUCUAUCAAGGUAUCUAACAACUAUUGCCGAUACUAA